AUGAUUGAUGAAACGAGUUUUGUUAAUAACUUUGCUCAGUGGCAGCCGGAUCAGAAUAUGAGAAAUUGCCUUAAUUGUCAUACCGCUUUCUCAUUUCUAGUUAGGAAACAUCACUGUCGAUGCUGUGGUGGUAUAUUUUGUGGAUCUUGCACCGAUAAGUUUGCUCGUUACGAUAAUAGUCGCGUUCGAGUUGUCAAAAGAUCAAAUACUGAAGAUGAAUUCCCACCUUUUAGGACUUGCGAUUCCUGCCACGAUAAUUUAUUACACAUGGGAUUACUUCUUUCGCCCUGGGGUAAACGUUUAGAAGUUACAGGAUCACCUCCAGUUAUGGAGGAUGCAGGCGGUGGGGGUAACAGUAAUGGUGGUGGAGGUACCUUUAGCGAUUCACCCACACCGACUUAUGGACCUGGUGAAGUUAUGAAAAAUGCGAAUAAUGCAGUAGAGAGUAAUAGUCCACAGGAAACCACCGCUGAUGUACGACGUGGUGAUUUUGAUGAGGAAAACUCUUGUCCCAUUUGUAAUGCGUUCUUGGGGGAUUUCGAGAGUGAGAUGAGAGCUCAAGAACAUGUGGAGAAGUGUAUACGGAUUGCAGAGAUGACCCAACAACACCAUGGACUCCGGAAUGAAAUUGGUAGUCCCACUUUCCAGAAUCGAAUGCUAGUUUACAAGAUUCCUCCGGUAGAAGAUCAAGAUCAAUUCCCAGAAUGCCCUAUAUGUUUUGAAGAGAUGGUUCCUGGUGAUAAAGUUGGUCGCUUAGAAUGUCUGUGUGUUUUCCAUUACAAGUGUAUUAAAAGUUGGUUUCACAAGAAGGCUCAAAAAAUGAAAUCUAACGACGUUAAAUAUAUUGGCAAGAAUUGUUGCCCGCUACAUGAUGCUGUUUUUUAA